GUGGGGCGGUGCCGCCCCGGAAAGCGCCGUGCCGGAGCCAUGGUGGUGCUGAGCGCGGCGCGGUGGCUGCGCAGCCGCCUCUCGGAUCGCUUCUGGAGGGUGCAGGAGGUGCUCAAGUACGCGCGGCAUUUUCGUGGCAGGAAGAACCGAUGCUACAGGCUGGCAGUGAGGAGCGUCCGCAGGGCUUUUGUGAGGUCCACCAAGGCCAGGAGGGAGAAGAAAAGAUUCCUCAGAGCGCUCUGGAUCACAAGGAUUGAAGCGGCCUCCCUUGAACAUGGUUUGAAGUACCCAGCCUUCAUAAGCAACCUGGCCAAGUCUCAGGUGGAGCUGAACAGGAAAGUUCUGGCUGAUCUGGCGAUUUAUGAACCAAAGACAUUCAAGUCCCUGGCUGCUUUAGCCCAGAGGAGGAGACAGGAAGGGUUCCUGGCUGCCCUGGGAGAUGGAAAAGAACCCGAGGGGAUAUUUUCACGUAUUGUGCACCAGCACUAUUGAUAUCAGAGUGUGUGUGUUAUAAAUGUGUUAUAAACAGGGAUUUGAUUGUGGAGCAAACCUGAUGUGGGACUGCUGAUAAAAUGGGAAAUGUGGCACAAAUCCUCUGAGGAUUGUGUGGGUGUGAAGCUUCUCCGUGGUGGUUKUUCCCUGUGUUGUUGUCACUGAAACCUGUUAAAUUAUAAGCACAGCUCUAGGAUAGCAGUCAGGCCAUACAAUGACUUAAUAAAGAUUUUUUUUUUGUAAAUACUACUAGAAUAACAACGAGUUGUGUGGUGAAUUCUGGUGCUGAACGGGAAAAACCUGGCUGGGAUGGCGG